GUCCACGAUGCUUCUGCAUGCGCACAGUGAAGAGCAAGACGUUCGGACUGCUUCGGGGGACAAUGUGCCACUAGCUUGGGUGGGGAUUUCCAGCAAAGCAGACGUUACCAGAGAAAGUUGAAGAGAUGCUGCGAGCUGUCGACCGUGGUCGCCCAUUACGCUGUGCAUGUCCAUUUCCAUCUGUCCACAGUCCACGGCUCGAUCGGCAGAGUAUUAUUGAUCGCAUAUAUACACCUCACGCAGGACCUCUAUUCACCUUUACAUCUAUCAAUCUUGCAACAUGUCUGCGACGAGUGGAAUCACAGUCUCCAAUGAUUUGACCCAGGCUUUCAGCGAUGCAGUGGAGUCCAAAGCAGUCAGGUUCCUUAAGAUUUCAAUUCGCAAUGGUCUCUGCUUGUAUUCCUCCUCCUCAACUGUUCCAACUUUGUAUCUCAUGCUACUCUCAUCUCGUAGAAUGCCUGGUUCCGGAUGAUUCCAUUGCGCCAAUAGGGACAUUGGAAGAAGACCUAGACACGCUAGGCAACAUCCUCGAGGAUAACGUACCUGCAUACAUCCUCGUUAGGUUGGACGAUCCUCCGUCUGAGUGGCUCGCUGUUUCCUACGUACCAGACUCUGCGAAAGUUAGGGAUAAGAUGCUUUACGCAUCGACUCGCAACAACCUUACCAAAGCACUCGGCUCUACACAUUUCACAGACAGUCUCUUUGCUACGAGCAAGGAUGAUGUGACUGCAGCUGCGUACCGCAAACACAAAGCGCACUUAGCCGCACCCCAGCCCUUGACCGCGAGAGAGAAAGAGCUUGAAGCAGUGAAAGCUGCGGAGAGGGAAGCUGGAGGCGCAGGUUACGAAGCAAGCAGAGAGAAACGAUCUCACAUCGGAGACCGUGUCGGGUUCCAGUGGACUGAGGAAGCUGACAAUGCCGUAAAGGCACUCCAAGAUGGAGACGAUAGCCGUCUAGUCAUUCUCACUGUUGACACUUCCUCGGAGUGCCUACAAUUUGCGUCAAGUAUAGAGUGCGCGGUUCACGAGCUUAGUGCUUAUCUUCCACCUUCCGAUCCUUGUUACGCUUUCUUUGCUUGGCCGCAUACAAUUACUCCGGAACCUCGGCGUGACAUAGUGUACAUCUAUUCGUGCCCCACUUCUUCGGCUGUGCGAAACCGAAUGCUAUACUCCUCUGGUGCCCGUUCCACUUUUCAUAUCGCAAAGACUGUCCUUGGAGCUACGUCUCUCCUUGAGCGCAAGAUCGAGACUUCAGAUCCGAAGGAGCUCACUGAAGAGUAUCUCAAGCUUGAAUUAGGUCUGUUGGACUCUAACGAUGCUGCCUCUGCGAUUCCUUUGGCGAUCGACGGAGACGAGAAAAAACCAUUUGCACGUCCCAAGGGUCCUGGUAGAAGGAAAUAGAUACGUCGCUACACCACAGCUUGGAAUAUCAACUCAGUAUAUCGCAACAUGUAAUACCAAUCCGGACUUUUUCUACUUAGGUUGCGUUGCACAGGACUUUAUUUUUCACUCACCGAUUCUUCAAGUUUUGCUCAUUCGAGUGAUGGUGCUG